AAAAGCCUCAAGCCCUCUUGGGGUCUAGGCUGAAUUUUCUCCACGGGCUGGUGUGAGAACUGGGCUCCUCUAAACUAUGUAGUUCCAACUCGCUCUGCAGCCAGCUGGAUGACAGCGGAUCCCGGCCUCUCCCAGGCCGGCUCCUUCCGGACGCGCCCAUCUCCACGCUCGACCCCCCUCGUCUCUCCCCUUCUAGAACUACCCCGGGACCAACUUUGGGGUUUUCUUUCUCCAACCCUUCUCGGCAGGACGGGCUUUAAAGGAAAAGGCGGUAGCGGACGACUAGGAAGUACUGCAUGGCUGCGAAUCCCUUUGAACAAUUGAUGAUAUUUAUUACUGUGCCCAGUUUCUACAAAUAAAAGAUGGGUGGAUUAUUUUCUCGAUGGAGGACAAAACCUUCAACUGUAGAAGUUCUGGAAAAUAUAGAUAAGGAAAUUCAAGCAUUGGAAGAAUUUAGGGAAAAAAAUCAGAGACUACAAAAACUAUUGGUUGGAAGAUUAAUUCUCUACUCCUCAGUUCUCUAUCUGCUUACUUGUUUAAUUGUAUACUUGUGGUAUCUUCCUGAUGAAUUUACAGCAAGACUUACCAUGACACUCCCAUUUUUUGCUUUCCCAUUGAUCAUCUGGAGCAUAAGAACAGUGCUUAUUUUCUUCUUUUCCAAGAGAACAGAAAGAAAUAAUGAAGCCUUGGAUGAUUUAAAAUCCCAGAAGAAAAAAAUACUUGAAGAAGUCAUGGAAAAAGAAACUUAUAAGACAGCUAAAUUAAUACUGGAAAGGUUUGAUCCAGAUUCAAAGAAAGCAAAGGAGAUUGAGCCGCCAUCUGCUGGAGCAGCUGUAACUGCAAGACCUGGACAAGAGAUUCGUCAGCGAACUGCAGCUCAAAGAAACCUUUCUCCAACACCAGCAAGCCCUAGUCAGGGACCUCCUCCGCAAGGUCCAGUGUCUCCUGGAUCACCAAAGGACUCUUCAGCCCCUGGUGGACCCCCAGAAAGAACUGUUGCUCCAGCCUUAUCGUCAAAUGUGUUACCAAGACGUCUUGGAUCCCCUGCUACUUCAGUGCCUGGAAUGGGUCUUCAUCCUCCGGGUCCACCUUUGGCAAGACCCAUUCUUCCCCGAGAACGAGGUGCUCUGGAUAGAAUUGUUGAAUAUUUAGUUGGUGAUGGACCACAAAACAGGUAUGCCCUUAUAUGUCAGCAGUGUUUUUCUCAUAAUGGCAUGGCUUUGAAAGAAGAAUUUGAAUACAUUGCUUUUCGAUGUGCCUACUGUUUUUUCUUGAAUCCUGCAAGAAAAACCAGACCCCAGGCGCCAAGACUUCCAGAGUUUAGUUUUGAGAAGCGGCAGGCAAUGGAAGGCUCAACUUUAGUUGGUCCCUUGCCCUCAGGAAGUGUGAUUUCAUCAGAGAACCAAUUUAGUGAAGAAUCUUUAGAAGAACCAGAUGUUCUUGAUAACAGUGAAGAGCAGACAGAUGACAAAAUAUCAGAUACAGAGCAGAUGGACCAAGUGAUUGAAAAAGCAUCUGUCACAGAAGAAUCAGAGGAGAAACAAGAAGAGAACAAGAGUGAGGAAACUUCAGUGAAUGAAGACAAAUCAACAGUUUCCGUAGCUGAUUCUAGUCCUAACCCUGAACUAAGUGAAGAAUCUUUAAUGACAAUGUAGUAAAUGCUUCCACGUGCCUUCAACUGGAUAUUUGUAGUCUUGUUGAUGUCAGUUUGUUGCUUUUUAGGUGGUUCUUUCUAUAUUUUUCCCCCUCUAAGGAAAUGCUUGAAAUCAUUUGACUUCAGAUUUGCUACCUAUUUCAAUAUGUCAAAGUUAUAUAUCUACUGGGAGUUAAAAUUAAAAGCAAGUGAUGUCAGUAAAAUAAGAUCCUUUUGUACAAAGGAUGUACAAAGACCCAUACUGUUGAGAUAGCUUUUAGAUUUUUUUCAUUCUAAAAGUAAACAAACAUGAUAGCAUCCUUGUUUCCUAUGUGUGACCUGUAAAUAAUAUCCAUUUUAACAUAGGAAGAACUUUGGUUAAGUUCUAAUAGUGUUUGUUUUGAGGAAUGAAACACAACUGAGAUUUUUAAUGUCAACAUUAAAAAUGGAUAGGAUUUUAACUUUUUGGACAUUUUCUGGGGGGAUAUCUAUUUAAGCAUUUACAUUUAGUGGUGUAAAAGUUUUAACCGUAACUACAUAGUUGGUACGAAUUUUCAGUAAGAAUGCUAUUCAACAGUCAAGUGCAGUGUUUCUUUUUGAUGUCUAUUAUUUUGCAGCUGGGCCAAAGGCACAUGAUGUAUAUAAUUAGCUUAUGUUUACAUAUUUACAUACAGGAAACAUCUCUGCACUUGACUGUACUUGAAUUCUGAACAUUAUUUAUACUUGUAAAAUAAUGAUACAUAUGUGAAUUUUGUGCUCUUGUAUGUUUUUUUUGUUAAGGAAAAUACAGAUGAUCUGGCAGUUUAUUUCUGUUAACUAUCUAGACUUCUUCAAAACAGUAUUUUGGUGGAUGACUUGGCUACCUGAAAAAUCCAAGUAGGAAGAACUGACAAUACAGUAAAUAAAUCUAUAGAUUCGUGUGUUAUAAUGCUUUUAUUCAGACUUGUUGCUUUUCAAAUUCAGGGAUUGUGAGGACAAAUUUUGUGAAAAGAGGCAAUGAGUUACUUACUGGUUGUUUCUUGGAUUUAAUAUGUGUAUAAAGGAUUAACUGAGGAAAAAAAUUACCCGUAAUGGUAAUUAGACUUAAUUACAGUGUGGCUAUGUUUUCUAGCUUCCUUUGAUCACUCUACUCCUCUAUUAAAAAAUAAAUUAUGCCAAAGGGAGGAAUAUGUAAGAAUAGUGUAUGUGACAAAUACUUCUAAGUUGUACACAGUUUACUAAAAAAUUAAUAAAAUAUUUGUUAUCAUUUAAAAAGCCAUCUUUAUCAUUUAAUAUCUUAUAGUCUGAUAGAUAUUUUUAAGGAAUUCAAUCUGUUAAUAGUCUGAGGUGUCAUGAUAUGGGACCACAGUGUUCACGAUUUUGGAAUUGGGUUUAAGUUCAAGCACUGCUAUAUUGGCCAAGUCACCUGUCUCACCUGAGACUGUUUUUCUAUCCAUAAUGUGGGAAGAAUAUUUUCUGGGGCAUAUGGAGAUGAUCGAGAUUUUAUGUGAUGUGGAUAUUAAGUAAAUGAUAGCAUUUUAUAUAUCUGUAUAUAAUAUAGCCUUCUGAAGUAUGGAAGGGCCAUGAAUCUUUCCUUUUGCAAAUAAGGAAAUUUUAAAAAUAUAUAUGAACAUGUAUUCAGCUGCUCAGAAUCAAGUCAAAAGCUUUUUGUAUCCACUUUUCUCUAUCAUGUAUGUGUGUAUAAAUAUGUAGAUUAAAUCAUUUUGAGAUAAAGUAGGAAACUGAAACUAUGGAAUAUGUUUUAUUUUUGAUGAGUUCCACUAUGUUUUUUUGUGUUAUUGACCCAUUAACUUUCUAUUAAUACCUUGCAAAGUCUUCUCUAAAACUUUCACUUU